AUGGCGGGCACGGGCUCUGGGACAUUGCCAUCACCGUCAUUGGUGAGGUCGUGGAGGACUGCCUUCUUGACUCUCAGAGACGAAAUCCUUACCCCUCCUGCUCGUGCUUCGAUCGCCCAUAUGCUACAUAAUCUCAUUUUCUCCCAUUCACACACCUUGUUGUCUGCUGUCCCCGAACUUCCUUCUCAUGAGGUUUUGUCCGACAUUUUGUUUAUGCUGGAGUUGGUUGCAACUACUUCGGCCAGCGAAGAAGAAUUGACUCAAGUCUUUACGCAAACAUCACGCUUGAUCCAUGAUGCAUCUCGUCGCGUGUAUUUGGAAAUAAACGCUCUCUCUUUGGCCCGUCUCUUUGAU